UGGUAAGGGCUCAGUAUAUAAAAAGGCUCUCAGGGUUCAACGACGCAAAACGAACCGGUUGUCUGCAAUCUUACACGGACACAAAUACAUAAUACAUGAAAAAGACGAAAACUGAAAACAGACAAUGUGGAAGACAGUCUUUUAUGUGUCAGUGCUAAUCUUCGUGACAUCGUGCACCUUUUCAAGCGCAAGAAGAGGCCAAGCUCGUGGGAAAUGUGAAAUCAUUCGGGAUGAGAUCGUAAGACGACCCAACUCGGAUAAAACUAUUUACAUUCCAACAUGUGACCUAGACGGAACGUUUGCUAGAAAACAGUGUCGCUACCAGCCCACCACAGUAACUUGUUGGUACGUAGACAAGAACGGCAAGCCUAUUGGUAAAAACAGAUACACCCACGUAAUCAGCACGUAUAGCAGCACGAGAAAAAAGUCAAUGACGCUAACACAACAGCAAAUGACAAACAAUACAAAGAGAACAAUUCGAUAUAAAAUAAGGGCGUCAAAUAAAGAAAUCGUCGAAACAAACCCGUUGAUGGUAAAGACAGGAAAUGCCAAUAUCACCGUAAAGUAUUUGACAAAAUGCGAGAAAUUACGAGAAAGAAGACUUCGUCAGGUCCGUCCUCAAUGA